UAUGUAUGAUUAUACUUGAUCAUUAUCAAGUCAGGAUUAUGAUGGAAGUAUUGGACACAUUCAAUAUUGCAAGUUGUACAAAAAUGGAUUGUGGUAUAUAUUUCGAGUAGGAAACUCAUGGGCUUUACUAUACGAACAGCUACUUAUGUGUAUUGUUCUUGUGUAACAAAGUAUCUGAUUCAUAUUUAGUCAUUUAUAUUUUCAACUUGUUAAAACUAUUUUAUUUUAAGUCAUAUUAACGAGUGAAUAAUUUAAGUUAUACAUAUUUGGCUUUUUCUGUAAUAAAGCUUGUGCAAUAUAAUUUUGCAAAAGAUAGAUUUUCUACAUUCCAAAAUAUGGAGUUUCCAAAUUUAGGAGAACAUUGCUCAGAGCAAACUUGCAAUCGUUUAGAUUUUUUACCUCUAAAAUGUGAUGCUUGUGAGGCUAUAUUUUGCACAGAUCAUAUAUCAUAUAUAAAUCAUUCCUGCCCUAGUGCAUAUAAAAAAGAUAUACAGGUGCCCGUGUGCCCAUUGUGUAAUACACCAAUACCACAGAAACGAGGAGAUCCUCCAGACUUGGCUGUGAGCAUGCAUAUAGACAGUGAUUGUCAGUCAGAUAUUAGAAAAGAUCAUAGAAAAAUAUUUUCUAAUAAGUGUUCAUCAAAAGGAUGCAAAGUAAAAGAAAUAGUGCAGGUUAAAUGCAAUGACUGUGGCAAUAAUUUUUGUUUGAAGCAUAGACAUCCCAGUGAUCAUGCAUGUAUUGGCAAAGAAGAAGCAGUUAAACUUAAAAGAUUGAGUGCCCUGAAUAAACACUCUAUGGUCUCUCAGAACGACAAUCACAAUAAUUCUAUUGUAUUCCAAAAUCUUCAAGGCACCAUGAGCGAAGAUGAAGCUUUGGCUAGAGCAUUACAGGCUUCAUUGCAAGACGAAGGAAGAAAUAAGCGACAAGGAUUACAGCCAGUGCCUUCUGCGCAUAGAAACAGAUGCAGACUUUCCUAAUUGCAAUUCACUUUUAUCAAUUUUAUGCAUUUUUAGAUAAAAGUACUGCUUUUUAAACCUUCAUUAAAAGGUGAAUAUAUCUUUCUAACUUUUAUCAAAUUUUAUUAAUAAUCAUACUUCAUAAAUAAGAUUUUAUACCUUUUCAUAUAAUACUUAAUAUUUCUUGAUCACUCAUAAAAAUGUGCAUAUUACAAUUCUAAUAAUUUUAUUCACUUUUUUGACUAGAACAACAAACACUAGAUAAAUUAAUAAUAAUCCAUUUCUUAUAUAUACAAUAAGAAUUAAGAUUAUUUUUCAUUUUGAAAAUAUAUUUAAUAUCUGAAGUGCUCAUUAAUGUAUAUUUUUACACAUAUGAAUGUGUUUUCAAAUUACAUUAACUUUUGUAAUUAUAUAUAAUACAGAUUUUACAUUUUCAUAAGCUUUGGCAGACAAAAAUUUCAAAGUUGUAUGUUAUUAGAUAUGUCAGUAUCCAGUGCCUUAAUAGAUCGAGUGCAUGUAUAAGAAAAUGGGCAUGAAUGUACAUAUAUACAUAUAUUCGUAUAAAAAUUAUCAUAAUGUAAAAAUAAAUGUAUAUAAAAUGAAAAAUUAAGUUAUUUCUUUUUCAGAGUACAUUUCUACUGUGUCUUACAUACAAUAUUUCAAUAAUUAAGUAGAUGUACCCAUUUUCUACAAUUUACGCACAUUAGAAUAUGAACAAUUUUUAUGCGAAAAUAAUACUUAAUUAAAUACCAAUGAAUUACAGCUGUAUCAGAUGCUAAAUCUUUUGAAUGUGUCUUUAAGUAAUAUGCAUAUUCAAAUAUCUUAGAUUUAAAAUAUUUUAUAUAUAGCAUGAAUGUUUCAUUAUUUAUGGUAUUUAAAAUGUUAGUUAUACAUUUAGUUUAAAUAUGUAUAUUUAAGAAAGAAAAAAGAAUAUGUAAAUAAUA